GAUUGGACUCUCCUCUGGGUCUUUUUCCCCCUGGUCUAGACGGAUGUCGAAAUCCUCUCUUAGAAAUGGCGGACCCAAGAAAUACCCCCGACUCGCAGUUAUUUGCCAAAAAGAAAAUGGGACGACCAAAGGGUCAGCACUCGGCACCACGAGGUGGACCGCCCAGGUCGUGGACAAAUGCGGAACUAACGGAAGCUCUGCAGCACGUGUGGAAUAAGAAGAUGACGACAAGUCAAGCGUCUCGAAUAUUUGGGAUCCCGUAUAACUCGCUCUUAAUGUACGUGCGAGGCAAGUACGGUAAGAGUCUCAAGUUAGAGCAACUCAGAAAGGACUGCAUCAGUGGUCCCGGCGCUCCCGACUUUUUGGGCCUGGGCAGUAACAACAAUAACAAUCCUUGCAAAAGCGAACCGCGCGACAACGAACCCAUUCAGCCGAAUACAAGGCCUUCGAGCAACGACGAACCACCACCGCAACCUCCCGUUUUUAAUCCCUUCGCGCCAAAUUUUUAUCCCGAUUUCGGUACGGGAUUUCCUAUACCCGUCAGUAUGAUACACCUCCUACCCCAAAGCGAAAAGAACCGAGAUCACUACGGUCAACCGCCACUUUUAGACGAGGACUCUAAAGACAGAUUGAAGGAACUCGAGGAGGAACCACAGGACCUGUUCAAACCACCGACGCUCUCCCGCGACGACAGACGGGAGCUUGUCCAACAAAACGGUCAAGAUUAAAUGGCAUUUAUUAUUAAAUUUAAUUUAAAUAAUAAAACGCGUAAUCUACACGCGUGUGUCCAUUAAUUAAUCUUAGGGGCAAUAUUAGUGUUAGGUUGUAAAGAAAAAUGUCUACUGGUCAAAAGACCGUCGUUUCAUAUUUUGUUGUUUUGUAGCAAAUUGGGGUUUUUUUGUAUAAACCGUCGGUCACUUUACGCCGAUGGUCUAAUUGUUAUUUAAAUGUUAUGAUAGAUUUAAGGGUCGUCCGUGCUUCCUCUUUUCGUUCUGGUAUUCAUUAACUAUAACAAAUUAAAUGCGGGCAAAUCUGUUCGUAGGGAUGGUUUGCUUGAAAUUUAAUUUAAAAAAAUAUAAGACUGAUAUUCAUAUUGCCAACGUUCCAACACAAUUUACAGCAACUACUACUCAUUAUUUUUUGCUACCGAAACAGUUCCUGAGACUAUUUUAUUGACAGAUUUACACAUUUUUACCAAAUAUACUAUACAUAAAUAAUACUAUAUACAACGGUUUUUGUUUGCAGUACUUAUAUUUCAUUUGUUGAUAAUCGAGUUUAUAGCCGCAUUCAAUUUGAAAAUGUUGCUCUAUAAAUGGAUUGUCAAAGAGAAAAUUUACUUCUAACGUUAAAUACUCACCACUUUACUGCGAUAUUAGUGCGAUACAGUUUGUACAGAUAAGAUUAUAUAUUCUCAUUUAUACUAUAGCGAUUGAUACUACUCAGAUGAUUAUUUUUUAAACGAAAUACGCCGAAUUAUUUCUUUUUCAUUGUGGUAUCCUAGCGAUGCCAUCGCCACUGGAACAUUGUCAAACGGCACGUUUUGUUGGAACCCCCACUUGACUCGAUUCCGUUAUUUGUUUUCUAAGCGGUCUUGGAUGAUGCGAAACGAACACAAAAAAAACCGGACUAAGACAAGCCUUUAGUAUAAAUAUGUACAUUUUUUAUAAAAAAAAAGAGUCUUUGUACAAAAUCAGUGUUGGCUAAAUGUUAGUAUGUAAAAAUAUUACCCCAAAAAUUGAUGUUCGAGAAAAUUAAUUUUUAAAUUCAAGUACAAAAUUUAAAAAAAAUAAUUUAGGCACAUAUUUAACUAGGUAUACGGAAAAAAUGUACAAGAAGCAUAUUAUUUUGUCUUUCAUCAACUCUGCCGCUAUUCAUUCAUCGAUUUCUUCUCGAUACUGUCGAUAAUAAACCAAUAUUGUCAUUUUUAAACUUACUAAGGCUAGUGUGACUCAUUUUUUUAUACGAAUAUAUAUCGAUACUUUACAGAUUUUUAAUAUAAUUAGACUGAUGACAUCCUACAUACUUACUAUUUCAUUAUUGGUUUAUUAACAGUGUUGUUCAAUUUGGUUCGGACACGCUUUGCAGUUACCCGCACUAGAUAUAUAAGCGUAGCACAAUAAUUACACUUAGUGAAUAUAUUUUUUCAUAUAACAGCAUUUAAAACCUUGCAGGGUAAGUUGUAAGUUCAAAUUCAAUUCGAAAUUCAAUCACUUGUAACACACAUCACUAGAUUAGUCACCUUUAUGUUUCGUCUUCUCUCCCCCUAUUGAACUGUACAUAAUCUAUUGUGAAUCAUUCGAACAAGAGGCUUCCACAGCAGUUUUAUUUUUUGUUACAAAGAUGGUGUUCUAUAUUUUAAAUUGUAUAUAGUCCAAAUCGAUUGAACGUGUAAAAUUGUAAGUCCGUUUCGUUUAUUUGCUCUCUCUUUUCUUGAGGGUUUAAAUAAAUGAAGGUAUUUACAAAUAAAAAUGUUAAACUUGUGAUAAUAGUUGCGUGUUAUAUUUUUGAGCGACUGUGACAUUUGUUAGAUAAUAGUGGUAGUAAGUGAGAUUAAAUGUUACCAUUUCAAGAUUUCUUUGUAUUUAUUAUUAUAGUUUUAUGUCGUUAUUUAGACUUUUUUCUUAAUGUUUCUAUUUUUGGUACAAGUUUUUACGUAGUUAUAGUACCAUAUGCGAAGGAAGCAUACGAAGGUUGUGCACAAAGUAUUAUUUUUGUAGUUUCAGUUUUCUUCCUUCAAUUAGUCUUACUAGUACAAUUCUGCUUUGAUACCUACAUCUUUGCUUGAGCACUCUUAUUAAUUUUAGUCUAAAACAGUAAUGGUGCUGGUACUUAUUGUAUGUUAAGUUGUACAUAUACAAAACGAACAUUCCUAUAAAGUAUUAUUAUUUUAUAUUUUCAAGUUCCUCAUAAUUUUAAGUUACCCUUAGAUUAGAAACGUUUAUUUGACUACACAACCUGCGCUCUUUUCCCCCGUAUCGUUAAAUUAUUGUACAACCACUCUAUUUGUAUAAACGUGACAAUAUAAUAUUAUUGUUUUCAAGUUCAUUUCAUGUGGAUGCAGGGUAUAAAACUAAUAUAAAAUGCACAUUGAGAAAACGGUACCAAUAAAUACUCAUAGUGUAAGUUAUUGUUAUUUUACUUUAAUUAAGUUUUUUACAAGUCACCAUUCAGGCUAGUGCAAAAGCAAUUUUCUCGAUAUUUCCAAAAAAUUGUACUCGUAUUUAGUAAUAUUGUGAAUGUAAAUUGAGAAUUUGUAAAAUUCUAUUUGAGGAACGUACCCCUGGCAAAAACAUGUAUAAAUUUAAUGUAAACUUGCAAUCUGUACAUGGUGCAAUCUGUAAAAAGUUAUUAGUUAAGAACAGAAGUUAAUAAUAGGUAAAUUCUAACAGCACCUCGUACCUUCUUAUUCAUUGCAAUUACAUCAUUUACUUCUCGUUGUAUUUUCUUUUUCUUUUUUGUAAGAUCACAGGGUAAAAAAUACAAUAUUUAUGUCUAGAACUUUAUUUACAUAUAAAGUAUACUAUACCACAGCACUCAGAGCUCAGAAAAUAUGUCAAGUACUGGCAUGUCUUGUACGGGGUGUUCGUAAGGUGUGUACAGUUUUCUGCACACGAAUAAUAAAAUAUUGUAUUAUAAAUAUGUAGGUACAUACUUUAAAGAAGAUAGAUAUUUGAUAUUUAGGUAGGCCUAGUUUUUGAUGAUGUUAAAAUAAAAAUAAAGAGCUUU